UGUAUUUUUCAUGUUAGGAUUAGAAGAGCGCCUGUAGAGCAAGAGAGGAUUGAUUGAAGGGAUGAAAGGGGGUAGGAAGAAAACCGAGCUUCCGCUCGCGCCGCGGCCAAAUGACAAAGACAGCAAGCUCGACGGAGCUGGUGGCGGGGGCGCUGCCUGUUGUGGUGAUGCUGGUGGUGUUACUGUCGUGGUAGGUGUGGGUGCUGAAGGUGCAGUUGGGAGGAACGAGGAGGAGAUGGCGCUGGCCACGGCGGAGGAGGACAAUGAGGAGGAGGGUGAAGAUGAAGGAAUCGGCAAGGAGGAUGGAGAGGUAGGAGCUGCGGGAGAGAGGCCAAAACUCGAUGAAGGUUUCUACGAAAUUGAAGACGUGAGGAGGAAAAGGGUUCGCAAGGGGCAAGUCCAAUAUCUUAUAAAAUGGCGUGGCUGGCCAGAGGCAGCCAAUACCUGGGAACCAUUUGAAAACCUACAAUCCUGUUAUGACGUCAUCGAAGCAUUUGAAGAGAGCCGCCAUACCGGCACCCGGAAACGUAAGCGCAAGUCCGGGACUCCUCACUCUCAACCCAAAAGGAAGCAGCGUUCCACCCCAAAUUCAUCUGUUGUGAAGCUCAAGGAAACAGUUGAUGUUCUGCUUUCUUCAACUCCUGACAACACAAGUCUGGCCAGUCUUUAUCCUCCUGAAGGAACUGAAGCAGGCAAUGCAACUGAGGGCAAGACAUUUUGGGAUGCAGAUAACAUGCAUGAAGACGUCAACAAUGAGAAACCCACCCAGCAACCAAAUGAUAACGGCUCUUUAAAUGUGUCCCUGGAACCAGUACUAAGUACAGAAGCAAAUGGAGCUGAUCCUAAAUUGAGCGAGCUCAAGGGGAUCGCUUCUGAUCAAGUAAAUAAUGACAAGUUUACCAUACAUAUCCCUGAUGCUAGGACUACUAAAGAUGGGCUUUCAAAGGCUGAGGAUGUGGAACCAGAUCGAAACAGUCGCUUUACUGGCGCCAAAAGGAGGAAGACUGGAUCUGUGAAAAGAUUCAAACAGGAAUCAGUCUCUUCUGGCAGGGUCCAGAAUUCAACUGCAUUAUGCGGCAUCAUAUCUUCUGGGAGAGUUGAACCACAGGGGAUCGCAGAAGCCGGGACCAUGGGGGAGGACACAGGUGAGAAGACCAAGUCGGAUUAUUUCACAAGUUCAUCUUCUAUUGCAAAGAUCAUCAAGGUAGUUGGCUAUUCAGCUUCUAUAUCAAACAAUGUUCAAGAUGCAUCCGUAAACUUUUUGGUUUUGAGGUCUGAUGGGAAAGAAAUGGUGGUGGAUAAUGAAUUUUUAAAGACUAACAAUCCUCUUCUGUUGAUCAGCUAUUAUGAGCAACAUCUUCGCUAUAGUCCUCCAAAAUGAGAUGAUGUACUAGAAAGAAUCUGUGGUUUGGUUGACACUGCAGAAUUGCUUCAGCAAGUUUCAUUGUACUUUCACUGCAGUUAAUGUCCAUAGGGAUGGAGACGUGGCUGGUUUUUUUGGAAUAUUGUAUAGUCGAAAAAAUAUCUAGCAAAGAUAUGAAUUUGGUGAGGACAUCGGCUGCAUAAUGCUCACGUGCAGUGUUAUUUUGGUGCUGUCCUUGUGUAUGGGUCUAAUGCAAACAGAAGGGAAUGCCCCGAGUACUACUGUAAGAGAAUUCUGUGUAGAGGACUCGGACCUGAUGUUUAAAUCAAGAUGCGUAACAUUUACUGUCAUCCUUAAUGGGUUAGCUCCGCUGUUAAUGCAUUAGGUUGGUAGGACUUUUUAUCAAAUACAAGAGGUACCAAAAGGCUCCUCACUUCAUUUGAUGGAAAACAAAAUUAUAGAUUUGCUGAGAUUUCAGAUUGUUGUACUAUGCAAGUCAAGAGAUUAUUACUGAA